AUGACUCUUCCUGAUGGUUAUAGUUCUAACCAUGCAAACAAAGUUUGUAGACUUAAGAAGUCUCUUUAUGGACUUAAACAAGCUCCUCGUAUGUGGAACGAGAAGCUUGUUAAUGUGUUACUUAAUCUCGGUUUUGAGCAAAGUAAGUGUGAUCAUUCCAUGUUUGUUAAAACCAGUAAUUAUGUGUUUAUUGUUUUACUUGUAUAUGCGGAUGAUAUUGUAAUAACUGGUAGUUGUUCAACUGAGAUUGCCCGAAUAAAGUCUCUUCUUAAAUCUAAAUUUUUGAUUAAGGAUUUAGGAAUGUUAAAGUAUUUCCUUGGGAUUGAGGUUUUAAAGACCAAGGAUGGUUUAUGCUUAUCUCAGCGAAAGUAUUGUCUUGACUUAUUAGCUGAGUUUGGUAUGACUGGUUGUAAACCAGUGAAUAAUCCCAUUGAAGCAAAUCAUGUUUUAACUCGUUUGUGUGAACAAGAUACUAAAGUGUUACCUGAUAUUUCUGUUUACCAAAAACUGGUAGGUAAGUUGAUCUAUCUUUCGCACACCAGGCCUGAUAUUGCCUAUUCUGUUCAUUACCUCAGUCAGUAUAUGCAUUGUCCGACUAAUGGUCAUUUUAAAAUUGCUUUAAGGCUUUUAAGAUAUCUUAAGGGUUCUCCGGGGAAAGGUAUUUUGUUUUCAAAAGGGGAUUCGCUGGAUCUAAAAGUUUUUUCAGAUUCUGAUUGGGGUAAAUGUAUUAAAACUAGAAAAUCGACAACUGGUUUUUGUAUUUUUCUCGGUAACUCUCUUGUUUCAUGGAAAAGCAAAAAGCAGUCCACGGUAUCAAGAUCUUCUGCUGAAGCAGAAUAUCGUGCUAUGUGUGCUGCAACAUGUGAAGCUCUUUGGCUUCGUAACAUUUUAAAUGAACUUAAAAUUGAUAUUAAGCUUCCUGUUCCUUUGUUUUGUGAUAAUACAGCAGCUAUAUCCAUAACUGCUAAUCCUGUUUUCCACGAACGUACCAAACAUUUUGAAAUAGAUCUCUAUUUUCUAAGAGAAAAGAUCUCAAAGGGGGUUAUUAAGACUGUUGGAAUUUCAUCCGAGGAUCAAUCUGCCGAUAUUUUUACAAAAGGGUUACUUGUUCAAGCUCAUGAAAAGGUUUGUAAAAUCUUGGGUCUUUUUGACUGUUUUGCAUAUUGA